UGUCUUGUACCUGUCGUAAUGGCCAGAGCUGGUAUGGGACUAUGCCUGAGGAGGCGGCGGUGAAGCCCCUAUGGAUGCUAUGCGCCCACCCAGCCCCCAGUGCAUCCUUGCAUUUUCAGGAAGCCUCUUUGCCCGUUCGCUGCCCGGUAGCAGGACCGUGAGCCCCGCAGCAUGCUGACUCAGCAGGCGUCGCAGCGUACUGAGAUUCCAGCUGCAGACUCCACCGGCUCUUUUAAUAAAAGAAGAAGAAAUUCCAUAUUUGUUACUGUGACGCUUUUCCUGGUAUCCAUAUUAAUUUUAACUUUGGGUCUGGCGGCAACCACCAGAACUGAAAAUGUCACUGUGGGCGGCUACUAUCCCGGUGUAAUACUUGGAUUUGGAUCCAUGCUUGGAAUAAUUGGAUCCAAUUUAAUAGAGAAUAAAAGACAGAUGCUUGUUGCCUCGAUAGUUUUUAUCAGUUUUGGGGUGAUUGCAGCUUUCUGUUGUGCAAUCGUUGAUGGUGUGUUUGCUGCAAGACAUCUAGAUCUGAGACCAAUCUAUGCAGGCAGAUGUCGAUAUUUUCCCUCUGCAGGAGAUGAUCAUGCUACUGAUGCUACCGAGGUUACUUGCCAGAUGCCGACACGAGGUUCAUGUUCUGUGAAGAUUAAGAGCAGCACAUGCUAUUGUUGUGAGCUGUAUAACUGUGGAAGGCAGUGCACACUUUGUGUGGCUCUGUCCAAUAAUCAAUCUUGCAUUUUAGGAGGGUGGAAUUUCCCCAAUACAUCCUGUAUUGUGCAAGUAGUAAAGUCUCAUAGAUUUAGGGCUGGAAUUUCAGGUCUGUACUAUGAAUAUAUUGAUGUUGCUAGCUGCGACGAUGUUGUACAUCUAUACCACUUACUUUGGUCAGUAACUAUACUGAACAUUGUGGGUCUGUUCCUGGGGAUCAUAACCGCCGCCGUACUUGGUGGAUUUAAAGAUAUGAAUCCUACUAUUCCUGCCAUUAGUUGUAUUGUGGAGACCCCACGUCCUACUGUACAGUACAACACAAGACCACCAGUGCCGUCCUAUAAUACCUACUAUCACAGCACUCCACACCUGCCACCUUACACUGCCUAUGACUUACAGCAUUCCACUGUCUUUCCGGCUUCUACACCCUCUGGCUUAUCUGAUGAUCCCAACUCAACCUCCCAUUCUGGUCCCAGUUUCAUGUGGCCAUCCACUGCUCCCCCACGCUACUCUCCACCGUAUUUCCCACCAGAUGAAAAGCCUCCGCCUUACACACCAUGAUCUUCAUUGGCACAGGUCUUUAUCUCCUCCUACAAAAUAUAGGCCAAAAGCCUGCCAAAUGAUAUAACGUUUUAUACAUUUACGGAAUAUGUUUAAGAUAUCUGUGUGAAAUGGAUGACUGUGUAAAUUAUAAGUGUACAUAUGUGUGCAAGAUGCCCCAGAUGACUUUUUUUUUUUUUAUUCUGCCAAAUGGAAAAUGCACAUUGUCCGCUUUACAUGGAUGUGCUGAAAAGGUAAAAAAAUAAUUUAAUGUCACAUUGAUUUCAUGGUUGCACUAGUCUCUGUGCUUCAUUUGUCGUGAAAGUGUAUACUUUAUAAUACUACGUGUAGUGAUUCACAGUUUUUCCAUGAACAUUGUGUGAAUAUGUAAUGCCUGGGCAACCUCACCCUCGCAUCUUGUCUUUGGCUCAUGCUUCCUCCUUUUCAAUCAAAGCACCAGCAAAGCAAAAGACAUUGUGGAGAGAUGAGACUGUCUACAUAAGCUUUACAGCUCAAUACCAACUUACAAAGGAUAGAUGAGAAGGUCUAGGAGUGCAUAUUUCAUUUGUGAACUACCAGUUAAACUUACACGGAGGAGAUCCUGUUUACAUCGAAAUCCAAGGAUUCUAUCAUUUUAACAUAGACUGGGAAAUAACUGGGGAAGUCUCAUUUUAUCAUGCAAUGUUGGUGCCUCUGAAUUGUAUUAUAAUUUAGUGAAGAUAUCACUAUGUAAUAUACAAUAAAGUCUGAUGUGAAACAA